CCUCGGACUGCCGCCUGUGAGGCAGCUCCCCAGGGAGCCUGGGCAGUGCUCUGCUGGCUGCCCGGUGCAGGGCUGGAGCCCUCUCUAGCCAGUGUGGCUGAGAAGCAAUCAUCACUUCCCCCAGUCACAGGAGCGGCCCAUCCACAUCCAGGCUUCUUUCUUGAGCAGAGGGAGUAACUCCUGUUGGGGCAGCUUUGACUGAGCUCUACAGCUAAGGCUUGUACACCAGCCCCCUCGUCUGCAGAGCCUUCGGGGGGUCAUUUCUCAGCUGCUGGAUUUGAGAGAAAACCAAAACAAAAAACAAAACAAAACAAAACUGCGAGAACAGAGCAGAGUGUGGAGCCUUGUAAACUUUGGAGGCGGGGACAUUUUCUUGAAGGGUGGCCCCAAAUCUACACUGUUCUCGGGCUAGUGGCAAAGCCUAUUGGUGGGACACCAGCCACAAGGCCAACAGCAAGGACCUACGACCGUCAUGGAAUCCAUGUUGACAGCAUCCAGUUCUCCCACAGGCCGGGUUACCUUCUCCCGUGUCUUCGGCCAGCAGUGCCAGCUGAUGGAAGCAGCGGUGCAGUCAUUGCACACCCUAAAUGACCAGAUUUCCCAUUUCAUUGUUACCAAGUCGAAGGCACUGGAGGAAGACGAUGACCCCUUUCUACCCACGGAGAAAGAGACACUGAAGAACUCGAUGAUAUUGAUGAGACAUCUCUUAAUGGAUGCCCAGGCCAAAAUCCUGAGCAUGAUGGAAGACAAUAAGCAGCUCGCGCUCCGCAUCGAUGGGGCGGUCCAGUCGGCCAGCCAGGAGGUGACCAACCUGCGAGCCGAACUCACGGCCACCAACCGGAGACUGGCGGAAUUGAGCGGCGGAGGCGGCGGCCCCGGCUCGGGCCCGGGAGCUGCGACCAGCGCCUCGGCAGCAGCGGUGACGGUGGCUGACUCGGCAGUGGCGACCAUGGAAAACCAUCAGCACGGAGCUCAAGUGCUCCUGCGGGAGGAAGUGGUCCAGCUUCAGGAGGAAGUGCACCUUCUCCGGCAGAUGAAGGAAAUGCUGGCGAAGGACCUGGAGGAGUCUCAGGGCGGCAAGUGCUCUGAGGUCCUCUCAGCCACUGAGCUCCGGGUGCAGCUGGUACAGAAGGAGCAGGAACUGGCCAGAGCCAAAGAAGCCUUGCAAGCCAUGAAAGCUGACCGGAAGCGCUUAAAGGGCGAGAAGACUGACCUGGUGAGCCAGAUGCAGCAGCUGUACGCCACGCUGGAGAGCCGCGAGGAGCAGUUGCGAGACUUCAUCCGGAACUAUGAGCAGCACCGCAAAGAGAGUGAAGACGCUGUCAAAGCGCUGGCCAAGGAGAAGGACCUGCUGGAGCGAGAGAAGUGGGAGCUUCGACGGCAGGCCAAGGAGGCCACAGACCACGCUGCGGCGCUGCGCUCCCAGCUGGACCUCAAGGACAACCGCAUGAAGGAGCUGGAGGCAGAGCUUGCCAUGGCCAAACAGUCCUUAGCCACUCUGACCAAGGAUGUCCCCAAGAGGCAUUCCCUCGCCAUGCCCGGUGAGACGGUGCUCAAUGGCAACCAGGAAUGGGUGGUGCAGGCUGACCUCCCACUGACUGCUGCCAUCCGGCAGAGCCAACAGACUCUCUACCACUCCCACCCUCCCCACCCUGCAGACCGGCAAGCAGUCAGGGUGAGCCCCUGCCACUCAAGACAGCCCUCCGUCAUCUCUGAUGCUUCUGCCGCUGAAGGUGACCGGUCAUCAACACCAAGCGACAUCAACUCCCCAAGACACCGGACACACUCCCUCUGCAACGGCGACAGUCCCGGCCCAGUUCAGAAGAGCCUACACAACCCUAUUGUACAGUCACUAGAGGAUCUUGAAGACCAAAAACGGAAAAAGAAGAAGGAGAAGAUGGGAUUCGGCUCCAUCUCUCGAGUCUUCGCCAGAGGGAAGCAACGGAAGUCCCUCGACCCGGGCCUCUUUGAUGACUCCGACAGCCAGUGCAGCCCCACACGCCACAGCCUCAGCCUGUCUGAGGGAGAGGAGCAGAUGGACCGUCUGCAGCACGUGGAGCUGGUGAGGACCACGCCCAUGUCGCACUGGAAGGCUGGCACAGUGCAGGCCUGGCUGGAGGUGGUGAUGGCCAUGCCCAUGUACGUCAAGGCCUGUGCAGAAAAUGUCAAGAGUGGGAAGGUGCUUCUCAGCCUGAGUGAUGAGGACCUGGAGUUGGGCCUGGGAGUGUGCAGCUCCUUGCACAGGCGCAAGCUCCGCCUGGCCAUUGAGGACUACCGAGAUGCUGAGGCGGGUCGCAGCCUGUCCAAAGCUGCCGACCUGGACCAUCACUGGGUGGCCAAGGCCUGGCUGAAUGACAUUGGCCUGUCCCAGUAUUCCCAGGCCUUCCAGAACCACCUGGUCGAUGGGAGGAUGCUGAACUCACUGAUGAAGCGGGACCUGGAGAAACACCUGAACGUGUCCAAGAAGUUCCACCAAAUUAGCAUCUUGCUGGGGAUUGAGCUGCUGUACCAAGUGAACUUCAGCAGGGAGGCUCUCCAGGAGCGCCGAGCCCGCUGUGAAACACAGAACACAGACCCUGUGGUCUGGACCAACCAGCGGGUGCUCAAGUGGGUGCGCGAUAUCGACCUGAAGGAGUAUGCAGACAAUCUGACCAAUAGCGGUGUCCAUGGUGCUGUGCUGGUCCUGGAGCCCACGUUCAAUGCUGAGGCCAUGGCCACCGCCCUGGGCAUCCCCAGCGGAAAGCACAUACUCAGAAGACACCUGGCAGAGGAGAUGAGCACCAUCUUCCAUCCAUCCAACUCCACAGGCAUCCGGGAGUCUGAGCGCUUUGGGACACCACCUGGCAGGGCCUCCAGCAUCACCAGAGCUGGGAGAGAGGACAGUGGGGGCAAUAGCAAGCACAGAGCUGGCCGGCUGCCCCUGGGGAAGAUAGGAAGGGGCUUCAGCAGCAAAGAGCCCGAUUUCCAUGAUGACUAUGGCUCUCUGGAGAACGAGGACUGUGGGGAUGAGGACCUCCAAGGCAGGCCCGAACAGUGCCGUCUGGAGGGAUACGGCAGCUUGGAGGUCACCAACGUGUAAGAAAGCCGUGUGACUCAACUCCAGAAGAGAGCAGGGAGAAGGAACAGCCCAAUGUCCCAGAGCCGUCCAUCCCUACUGUACAGCAUGACCGGAAGCUGAGGACAGACAGGGUGUCAGAAAAGAGUUCCCAGAGACGGUCACAAUAUCCAGGGGGCACCAAGGACAGAGAAUGCCCACCUAGGUGUCUUGUAUCUCUGAGGAAGUAUCACCCAGCCACGCGCGACCCAGCAGGUGGCCCUGGGGCUGCUGUUCAAAGUACAAGUCAGGUGCCGCUGGUAUUUUACACUGGUCAAGGAGGGGCAGUCCGUCUUUGGGCCUGGAACACCCUGCUAAGAGGAGCAGGGAAACCCCCAGCCUACCUUGGCAAAGCCAGGGCCGCUGGGAUCCCAUGGCAAAGCCAGCCAACAGCGGCCAGGUGGUGAUUGCUGACUGUCAGCCCACUGGGCAGAGAACUUGAAUUCUGACCUCACUCACUCCGGAAGGAGGCAGAACGACCUGGGCAUCCCUUCCACUUUAAGGGUGGACAUGUUGGGAGCAGGAGGGGGAUCUCUGCAGGGCACAGGGGCCUGACAGCAGCAGCCCUAGGGGCUACAGAUAUCCUGUCACCAAAAUGAAUGUGACUUCAAGAGUGGGAGGGGGGUGGUUGCUGUGCUCUGUCCCAAACAGCUAUUCCAAGUGUGCACAUGGCAUGGGAGACAGCCUGUCAUUAACCCGACAAACCUCUCUUGUGAUGUCCCUGUCAGAAGAGGCAGGUAAGCUCACCCAUGAGCUAACAGAGGUGCAAAUCCUACAAAACAAGGUCACCCCGGUUGUCAGAGUGACCCUUUCUAGCCGCUGUCCUGAUCUGCCAGUGUUUUGCUGUGUGGCUUCCCCUCAGUGGCCUCACCUCUCUGUGCCUCAGUGUCUUACCUGUCAUACUUCCGGUUCCUCCCAGAGGAGCUGUGAGGAUUAACACUCACUAACACUUGUCCCAAGCUUUGAACCUCUCAGGAAACAGCUGGAAGGGAUGGGGCAGGGGAGGAAGGAGCCUAACUUCCAUCCACAACAUUGGCAGACACCGGGCGAGUUCACCCCAUUUUUGGAUAGGGAGAUAAGCAAGAGGGGCCUGCAGGAAGUUUAAUAUUGAGAGUUUCCAAAAGCCAUCGGUGAGGUCUGGGAGAGCCACCAGCACAGCCUGCGGGCCUACUGGGUGCAGGGUCCAAGCUGACUGAGAAGAGACUGCCUAUUGAUGAUAGGGAGGAUUUCGGUGUAGCUGUGCUCAGUCAGUACCAGCUCUCCUCAGAUUCCCACAGCUGACAGCAGCCGGGGGUGUGGGGGUGGGGCACUGCCUCUGAGUCACCAAAGCCAGUCUUCUGCAUUGUUUCUGAGAGCUUCCCUUUGCGGGAAGACCACAGGAAGCCUGGGAACUUGGAGGAGGAUUCCCUGAGUUUCCCAGGUCCAGUCUCCUUCCCAACCUGAGUCCAGGGCCCUCGGGGACUGGGAGGAACCUCUCUGUCUGAGUGUCAGCCUCCAAAGGACACACGGCAGACACCAGGACUCGCAGGGUCAACCUCUGGAGUAGAAUCCAGCUUGGCUCAGGCUCUACAUCCCUGAGUGUUUAUAACACGCAUUCCCCUGCCCCUGGAAUCCUGAAGCUACUGAGCCCUUAGCCCAGCAAAGAGAGGGGAAGAAGGCCCUCUUCUAAUUGAAGCCAGCUGUCACUUUUACACCAAGUCCCCAAAGGGUGACAAAGCUUCUGGAGCCAGGAGGAUACUGAGCCUUCCUGGAAAUGUCGCUGGCGAUGUGGGCUCCUUGCCAGGGCCAAGGUCUAGGUAGGGAAGAGACUCACACUUUCUUCCCACGGGCUCGGAGGCCCACAGCACCUGAAGGCUCCUUCCCAAUGGACUCUGGGCUUCAUUCCUGGGCACCUCUGUCAGUCUCCAUCCACAUCCAGUGUCACUUUUAGCAGAUUCUGUCUUGACUCCUCACCACAGGAUGCAGGGGUUGUCAGGGGACUAGAGUCAGAGUGGAGAGAGGGGCUCUCUCCUAAGCCCAGCCUGCAUAGGGCACUUAGAACAGGGAACCCCGCCAAAGACUGAGGUCAUGAAAAGGGGUGGGGUCCUGGCAGAUGUAAAUUCGGAAGGCAGGAUCACGAUGAAGAACUGUACGAGAAUUAUGACAGCCCUUCCCAGAAGGCCAAGGACCACGUCACAGGUUGUGGGGGAACGUGGCUCCUGAGUGGUGGCACCUUCUGGGUGUCACUUUACAGAAGCCAGCAUGGAUGGUGACGAUGUCCCUGACCCAUGGAGGGUUUGUAAAAUGCACGGCAAAUGAACAGUGAACUGCAGUGUCCCACGCCUUCCCAGAGGAAAUUUUAACAAUGUAACAAUAAAUGCUUGA